AUGAUUCGGUUUGCAACACAAUAUCGUGCGGUGAGGCCGAGCCUUCGUAGAACCUUCAUAACUCCUCCAUUUGAAAGCGACUUGACGGAGGUGGAUGCAGAUGACUUCAAUUUGGCUGAUUUCCAACAUAUUGAUCCCACAAAGAUAAAGCCAACCGAACAAAACACAGAUGGCUUUCAUAGUUCAUUGAGUCAGGUGGCAGAGGUCAAGAAACCGUUGGUAAUUGUAUCAAAACUCAACGACCCGUAUAUAAACUUGGCAUUGGAAGACUACAUUUUCACAAAAAUGCCAUUACCAAACCACAAACUGCAUAACUAUAACCGUCUCAUGUUCUACACAAACACACCUUGCGUUGUCAUCGGAAAGAAUCAGAAUCCAUGGAAGGAAGCCAAUCUUCCUUUACUCAAUUCAUUGCAUAUUCCAUUAGUAAGGCGAAAUUCCGGUGGUGGAACCGUCGUUCAUGAUAUGGGUAAUGUGAACUUUUCCUACAUGACUACCAAGGAGGCUUUCGACAGGCUAAAAUUUGCAAAUAUUGUCGUAGAAGCCGUCAACAAGCAUGCAAGUUCACCGGUACAAUUAGAGGUGAACGAAAGAGGAGAUAUAGUCACCAAAAGCAUCGAUGGCAUAAAUUAUAAAGUCAGCGGUUCGGCCUACAAAUUGACAAAAGGAAGGUCGUAUCACCAUGGGACCAUGCUCUUGAAUCUGAGACUCGAUAUUCUCGGUCAAUUGCUUUCACGAGACGAAUCCAAGUUGGGCAAAGUUGACGCCAUGUCUUCCAUUCCAUCGGUGAAAUCAAAGGUGAAAAAUGUAGAGAUACCGAGUGAUGUCUUCCGCCAGGUGGUCACAAACGCAUUCAAAAGCUAUUCUGGUGAAGAACCAGAGGUUUUCGAGAUAACUAAAGGAACCGAGUUACCAUCUGAAGUGUCAGAGCUUGCAACGCAUUUAACAACUAGAGAGUGGGUUUACGGUAAUACUCCCAAAUUUACCCAUGAAUUACGCUCAGAAGAAUAUGGAUUUACCGUGAAGUUUGAAAUGGAUCGAAAGACGGUUGUCUCCUCGGUUAUCUUGCAAUUUGAUGCCGCAGUCAGCGAAACCGAAGAAAAGGUUAUACGUGAUUCGUUUCAAUAUUUGGCAUUGAUGGCGAAGAAAGGUGUUCUCAAGUACUCCGGGAGCGAGGUUGCCGGUUUCGUUACCCAUGAUGAGAUCAGUGACUGGUUAGGAAUGGCAAUUGACGGUACCACAUAA